CUCAGCCCCGGCAGAAUCUUAACCGGCUUUACUGGCCAAUUUAUACGCCUUUGUACCAUGGCUGACGCCGAGCCGCCAUGAUGAACAUCUCCAGCCGCGCGCUUUCAAUCCGCACACCAGCGACAACAGCUGCAUUCCACCCCGCCGCGUUCCUGCUGCGACCUCUUACGAUAUCGCGAUGCUACGCCACGCCGACAGGCCUUGGGACGACAUUGCAGGGUUCUAAGAGGAGGACGGUAACCCCUUUCAACGACGAUGGACGGGUGCCCUGGUCGGAACUCUCUGCUUCGGAGAAGGCGAGCAGAGCCACCCAGCAAAGCUUCAAUUUUGGUCUGAUUCUCCUCGGCAUCGUGUGCACGGGUGGCGUGGGCUACUACCUUUACACCGACGUCUUUUCUCCCGACAGCAAAACGGCCUACUUCAAUCGGGUGGUCGACCGCAUCAAACAAGAACCCACGUGUCUCGAAGUGCUCGGUGAUGCGAAGAAGAUCACCGCCCAUGGGGACGAAACGUACAACAAGUGGAGGCGAUCUCGUCCGAUUGCGUCGACCACGAAGACGGACCCCAAGGGCAAUGACCACCUGCUCAUGAACUUCUACCUCGAGGGCCCGCUGAACAGGGGCCGGGUACAUCUUCAUAUGAUUCGGCCUGCGGGGCACAGCGACUACGAGUACAAGUAUCUCUAUCUCGACGUCAAGGGUCACCAUAGGAUCUAUCUCGAAAACGCCGACACCAGCCCGAAUAAUCCGAACAAGUCCAAGUUCCGAUUCUUGGGCAUAAACUGGGGUUGAUGCAGUGUAGGCUAUUCCAGGAAGCUGCCCAUCCGCGGAACGACAAUAUUGUUAUCGAGGUCAGGAACAUGCAUCUGUAUAUGUCUAUGUAUACUAUCUUCUUGCGCAAGCCACUAAACGGCCCGGGGUCCUGACACCUAAUUCCUGUCCUCUUAACCCAGACCGUGUUUGUGACAUUGAUGAAAUGGAAAGGGAGUGGAAGUGGUUGGGGGAAAAUAACAUUCUGGCUAAUUGGAGGAGACACCAAUUCUCGAUGCUUAGAGAUUUGUUACUCUUAUACCCAGAGUGUAGUCUCAUAUAAUGCACAUUCCUUCACAUCACGGC